AUGUGGAAGGCUGUUCUACCUUUUCUUGCAGCUCUUUUUGUUGGAUUGUCUUGUAUGCCUGGGGGCAUCUUUAAGAUAGAAGAUGCAGCAAAUCAUGAGGGGUUCCAGAGAGCACUGAAGUUUGCUGUUGCCCAACACAACAACAGGACCAAUGACACGGCCCUCCGCCAGGUCACCGAGGUGGUCUCAGCAGAGUCUCAGGUGGUAGCUGGGUUGAAAUACAUCAUGACGGUGAAUUUAGCAAGAACCAAUUGUGAAAAGGGGGGAUCAGAAGAAAACUGUGCUGUCCACAAAGAGCCAGAACAUGCUCAGCCUUACCAGUGCCAUUUCGAUGUGUGGAGUCAGCCAUGGCUUAACCAUACCCAGCUGACCAGAGAGGAGUGCUCCAGUGCUUAAGUGAUAAUGAAAACAACUUUCCUUG